AACUCCCGACCUCAGGUGAUCCGCCCGCCUCAGCCUCUCAAGGUGCUGGGAUUACAGGCGUGAGCCACCGCGUCCGGCCGGUAUUAGUGUUUUAAAAUAAAAAAUUACAUUUACAGAAAACUCUUGGCAGAACUUCAGAUAAGGUAGGGCACAGCUCGGGCGGGUGGGGCCACACACACCGGAUUCAUGGGGAAGAAGUUAUCAUCGACGGCUUCUUGUUUCCUGAGUCGGUUGUGAGAAGGAAACUGCAAGAGUGGGGCAGAGAACCAGAGUGUCAGAGCAAAACCUCCUCUAUCUGCACAUCCUGGGGACGAACCGGGCAGCCGGAGAGCUGCGGCCGGCCCAGUCCCGCUCCGCCUCUGAAGGGUAAAACCGAAGGCGGGGCCUUGGUUCUGGCAGAAGGGACGCUAUGACCGCAGAAUUCCUCUCCCUGCUUUGCCUCGGGCUGUGUCUGGGCUACGAAGAUGAGAAAAAGAAUGAGAAACCGCCCAAGCCCUCCCUCCACGCCUGGCCCAGCUCGGUGGUUGAAGCCGAGAGCAAUGUGACCCUGAAGUGUCAGGCUCAUUCCCAGAAUGUGACAUUUGUGCUGCGCAAGGUGAACGACUCUGGGUACAAGCAGGAACAGAGCUCGGCAGAAAAGGAAGCUGAAUUCCCCUUCACGGACCUGAAGCCUAAGGAUGCUGGGAGGUACUUUUGUGCCUACAAGACAGCAGCCUCCCAUGAGUGGUCAGAAAGCAGUGAACACUUGCAGCUGGUGGUCACAGGAUCCCUCCCAGAACCUUUGCUCUCAGUCAAUGUAGACCCUGGGAUGACUCCAGGUCUCAGGACACUUCGAUGUCUCACUCCAUACAAUGGAACCGAAUGUAUUGUAAUUGCUCUGCUGAAAAUGGGGAUCCCAGAACCAUUACAAGUCAGGCAAGUAAGAAAAAACCAGACUGAUUUCAUGCUCUGGAACGUGACAAGUAAUGACAGUGGAAACUACAGCUGUGUGUAUUACCUGAGCAACUCAUCACACUUGGCCUCCUUCCCCAGCAACAAGCUGGAGAUCUGGGUGACAGAUAAACACGAUGAACUUGAAGCUCCCUCAAUGAAAACAGACACCAGAACCAUCUUUGUCGCCAUCUUCAGCUGCAUCUCCAUCCUUCUCCUCUUCCUCUCAGUCUUCAUCAUCUACAGAUGCAGCCAGCACGGUUCAUCAUCUGAAGAAUCCACCAAGAGAACCAGCCAUUCCAAACUUCCGGAGCAGGAGGCUGCCGAGGCAGAUUUAUCCAAUAUGGAAAGGGUAUCUCUCUCGACGGCAGACCCCCAAGGAGUGACCUAUGCUGAGCUAAGCACCAGCGCCCUGUCUGAGGCAGCUUCAGACACCACCCAGGAGCCCCCAGGAUCUCGUGAAUAUGCGGCACUGAAAGUGUAGCAAGAAGACAGCCCUGGCCACUAAAGGAGGGGGGGUCGUGCUGGCCAAGGUUAUCGGAAAUCUGGAGAUGCAGAUACUGUGUGUCCCUUGCUCUUCGUCCAUAUCAAUAAAAUUAAGUUUCUCAUCUUAAAAAGAAAUCUGACUUAUUUAUGGAUUAUUCAUGCCCAAGAACCCCACCAUACUCUUUCUACCCCACAUUUCCUCCUAGAACAAUUCAA